CCUAAAGAUAAAUUUAGGCAACAUGUAGAGUAACGUGGUUCCAACCGUUUUACAUGUAACUAUUGUGGACUUAAUUACACUGGGAGUGUUUCAAGAGUGAAAGCUCAUUUGGCUUGCCUACCUGGCCAUGAUGUUCAAAUUUGCUCCCAAGUGCCUGAGCACAUUCAAGCUAAAGCCCUUGUAGAAUUUAAUUUGAGUGUGAGUAAGAAGAGAAGGAGUGAUACUAUAGAAAAUGGAAUUGGUUCCUCAAACAACACACCUACCAUGCCCCAGAGUAGGAGUACCCAUCAACCCACAAUGGUAGAGAUGGCUGCUAAGCAUAACAAGAAGUCAUUGGAUAUGUUGGUAACUGAAUUUUUGUCAAUAAUAACAUUUCCUUCAAUGUUAUUCAAACAAGUUCUUUUAUUGAUAUGAUAAAGGGUGCAUGUGCGUAUGGUCCAACUUAUGUUGUACCUAGUUAUAGAAAUCUUCGCGGUAGUUUGAUUCCUGGCAAAAAGGUAGAUGUCAUGCAAUAUGUAACAAGCAUAAAGGCGACAUGGGGUAUCACAGGUUGCACAAUUAUGUCUGAUUCUUGGACUGACAUAAAGAAGAGGUCUUGGGUCAAUGUGAUUGCUUACUCUCCUGGGGGUGGUGUGUUUAUGAAAUGUAUUGAAUGUGGUAUAAAUAGAUUAACUUCGACAUUUCUUUUCAAUGAAAUUUCUGAUGUCAUUGAAACGGUUGGACCAAACAAUGUUGUGCAGUUCAUUUCAGAUAAUGGUGCUAACUUUUCUUCUUGUGGUGAUAUUUUGACGGGAAAGUGGCGUCAUUUAUAUAGAACAAAAUGUGCUACACAUGGGAUUAAUUUGUUUUUGAAAGAUAUCCACAAGCAUGUGAAAUGGGUGAGUGAUGUGAUUGAAGAUGGAAAACUUGUAGUGGAUUAUAUUCAUAGGCACACAGGUGUUCUAGCAUUGAUGAGGCAAUUCACAAAUAACAAAGAGAUUAAGAAGCCUUGCAAAACAAGGUUUGCUACUCAUUUUCUUAUGCUUCAAUCUCUCAUUGUAGUUGAGAACGAGUUGAGGCUUUUUGUGGCAUCAUCUAAAUGGAGAUCUUUUCAAUUCAACAGAGCUGAAAUAACUGUAAGAACUAUUGGGAUUAUUCAAUCUAAUACUUUUUGGGAAGGGGCAAAAGAGGUUGUUGCUUUCAUGGAGCCAAUCAUUCGGAUUCUUCAACUUGUUGAUGGUGAUGGUUCUACUGCAGGUUACUUAUAUGAAGCAACAGAAAGGGCAAAAGAAACAUUAAGGAAAUUAAUGGAGAAUGAUGGAGAGAAAUACCUAACUAUCAUGGACUUGUUUGUUGCUAGGUUGGAGAAGAACAUUAUUCAUCAUGUUCAUGUGUUUGGUGCUUUUUUAAAUCCUUCUACUUUGUAUGAGGGUCGACUUGAUGUUGAGGGUUCUAAAUUUAUGGAUGCACAAGAUUUUAUUUUGGACACCAUGGUUCCUCUAGAAGAUCGUGCUCAAUUCAUGAAAGAAAUAGUUGAGUAUCGCAUGAAAAGCCCAAGGUUGUUCAAUCUAACUGGACAAACAAUGAUGAAAACUAACCAUCCAAGUAAGUCUCUUACGUAAUUAGUUUAUUUUUUUUUUUUUGUUAUUAAAUAUAUCAUCCUUAUAUGUGCUUACUUGUGAUGAUUUGUAGGGAUUUGGUGGCAAUUUAUUGGUGGUGAAUUUCCUGUGAUUUGAAAAGUUGCUUGUAGGAUCUUGAGCAAGCCUUGUAGUUCCUCUUCUUAUGAGCGUAAUUGGAGUGCUUGGGAUGCAGCACAAACAAAGAAGAGAAAUAGAUUGGCCCCUUAAAUGUUAGAAGAUUUGGUGUACAUCAGGAUGAACUCUAUGAUGAGAGAGAAGUAUGAAAACCAAAUACUUCUAGAGAUGCAAGGCCCAUUGAUUUAGAAAAACUUGGUGAUUUAUCUAAGUUAGACAUUGAGCCGGAUAUGGAGAGACUUAAACAAACAUAUGAAGA